AUGAUAUUGAUGAUAGCUCAGUUAGAAAUUCUUAAUGAAAGACUGAUAAAUGUUGCUAAUAACUUGAACUUUGACCACAAAAUCGACAAUGCUGGUGAUUUGAAAAAUGAUGCAGAAAAUAAAUUUAUUGUGAAUCUCAAUCAGACUAUUGCACAUUAUGGCGAAGUUUCCAAGAAGGAACCUCGGGAAAAUAAGACAGUCAGACAAAUGACUUACUGCCGAGCAAGCACGUCUUUUACAGGCGCUAACUUCGAACGUAUCGGAGGCUAUGGCAGUGACUUCGGGCUCUGGUGGCCCUUCUCGGAAUAA